UAAAAUUUUACUUUGUCAAAAGUCUGACUUUAACAGUUUCAUAGAAAUUUGCACCCCUAAUACCACAAUUGUUUUAUAUUUUAAUACAAGUUAACUGAUGGUGAUAUGACAUUAACUAUGAAAUAAUAAUCAACUAGUCUAAAGCCUAGGCCUACCUAAUUUGGAUUGGGGUUACAGUGAAUUCCAUAAGUAUUGUCUCUGGGCUAGUGUGGUUCAUCUUGCAUGAAAUGCGUAUAAGAACCAAUUCUGUAGUUAAUUAUUAAAACUUACAAAAGUGUUUCUUAUUUCAAAUUCAUUAAAUGUCUACUGUCCAUCAUAAGCAUGAUAUGCAAACACAUAUGUAUCAGUUAGUUACCAACCUGUAAAUAAAAAUGUUUAGUUAUUUAGUUUCAUAUUUAUAAAACUUUCCAUCUACAUAAGUAUUUUUUGUUAGGAUUAGAAUUCUUAUUUUCAAAAACAAAGUUUUAUUGAUAUGAGAUGAAAUGGCUGUGUUUGGGCAAAAUUACUUGAACAGCUCCCUCUGUAACUCUGCGACCUUGUUUCUUAGUACGGUGAAAAAGAGAACAGUGUUUCUAAUGUUUGACCACUGUAUGGUUGUUUUGAUUACAUUGCAUAUGUAGGUUUAGAGUGGUUAACCUGCCCAGGGAUUUCACAUGUUUAUAUAUUUAUAAUUAACUCGUAUUAUUUUCAACAUAUGAGGAAUACCAGUAUAUCAUUGGACAAAAAGAAAAUGGUCUCACAGGUAGAAAAACAUAUGGAAGAGGCUCAAGAACUGGUUGAACAAAUGGAACUGGAAAUUAGAACCUUAACUGCAGCAGAACAGUCAAAGUACCGAAAUCAUGUCAAAAAUUACCUAACAGAAUUGAAACAGAUGCAUAAAGAACUACAAAGAGCAAAAAUAGCAUUCUGUGACGAAGUACUCACUAGAGACGAGUUGUUUGAAAGUGAAGAUACUUCCAUAGCAGAAGAUAAGCAACGAUUAUUAGACAACACAGAGAGAUUGGAGAGAUCAUCUCGAAAAUUACAAGCAGGGUACGGACUUGCUUUAGAAACAGAACAAAUUGGUGCUGAUGUUCUCAAUAGCUUGUAUACUCAGCGGGAAACGAUAAAGAAAUCUAGAGACAGGCUUCGAGAAACAGAUGAUGAUCUGGGUAAGAGUUCCAGAAUUCUAAGUGGAAUGAUUAGAAGGAUAGUGCAGAACAAACUGAUCCUAUAUGUAGUGGCAGCUGUGAUUAUUUUGGUCAUCAUUCUGGCUAUCUACUUUAUUGCAAGGAGGCAUAGCUGAUAGACACAGAGAUUCUAUGAAAAGGUGGACAAAUAACAUGUCAAAAAAGGGCUAAAUGUUGUAUGUAAAGAUAUGAUCUGAUGAGACGGAUGUAUUUAAUUAAAAAUAAAUAUUUAUUCCAUUUAUGUAUUGAAUUUGCUACUGAAAACUUCAAUUUACAUCUCAUAAGAUAUAAGAUUUGUAGAAGUUUUAUAUAUGAAGUAAUUGAAUAUUUGAAAUGCUUGGAAUAGCUUAGACUAAAUAUUUUUUACAAUAUUGAUGGUAUGGAAGUUAGUUUUAAAUUAAGUUAAAGAAGAAAAUCUUAAUUAUGUAGCUUAUUUUGUUUUAUUUUUAUUAUGUAUUAAUACAAAUCAGCUGAAGUUUUAAGUAGUAAGGAUAAGAUUGUGGCAGAUUGAGUAUCACUUAUUUUCAUGGUUAGUAGCCUUUAUGAUCACCUACACUUAAUUAUUAAUUAUUAAAUAUUAUUAAUAUAUGAUAAUUACUAACUACUUUAUAUCCUACAUUUCAGCUGUUGAUCUGUCAUUUUCAGUGACAUUCUGAAAUUGACUGUGUUUUAUGGUAAUAGCCAGGAUUCAAUCCUGGGUCUUCUUGAUAGAAAGGCUGGUGUGAUCACCCUAUUAGUGUUUAAAUCAACUCACUUUUAAGAGAGAUAGCCAGGUUUUGCUAACAUCUGUUCUAGGCUGACUGAAUGUGUUAUCAGUUAGGUGGGUGUAGAAAGCUUCUUUUUUUUUAUCUUUCUUUUCCUUGUGUGUUCAUAUAUCAUUUUUAUUAUUUCAUUUUAUUGUAUGGUCUUCAUCUCUUGUCUGAUGGCUAUUGCAGUAGCUAGAUUGGUAUUACAGAGUCUUCUAUGUCUUCAGUGCUCCUGAAGUUUAACUGUGUUGGAAUUUUUGUUUCUCCAGUGUGUUGGACUCCAUAUUUACAAGAGAUGUUAUAAAUGGUGUUUCUGAUCUCUUUUGCAUCUAUGUUUAGUUUAGUAUGUACUAACUGCAGUCUUAUUAUGUUGUGGCUUUUGAAUACUUUUCUAACUUUAUGUUAAUUAAUAAUCAGACUUAGGUGAUCAUGUAGGCUAUUUAACCAUUACAAAUGAAUUUGUUUUGUUUUUUUUGUUGUAUUUUUCAGAACAUAUAGAGAUUUUAUUAACUCCUCAAAAAAAAAGUCAACUAAUUUUUCUUAUGUUACAAUUCUGACUCCAGGUAAAUAAAAAUGCUUUGAUUACACCUGCAUAUGUAUUUAUCUUUUAUGUCAGUUACAAGUCAUUUUUUUAGAUUAAAAUAUAAACUAAUUCUUUAUAAACAUGAGACCAAGUAACUAAAACUCAGACAUAUAAUGAAAAUAAAGUAGAAUUUGAAGGAUUUGUAAGAGAAUUAAGUGUUUUUUAUUUGAAUAUUUGGAGGAAAAUUCUUUGUGUGAUUAAUCACAUCAGUUAAUUAAUAACAAAACAUUUUACAUACAAAUAUUACUGUCUAUGUUAAAGAAUUUUGUAAAUUCCAUGCAACUUCAAAUAUAGACUUCUGUGUACCUGUAGCUGUAAAGGUUUUUAUUGAGUUUAAUGUACAAAAAUAAUUCAUCCAAACGUUUAUGGUGAAAAGCAAGCAAAAAAAAA